CAUCUAAUAACAGCUGUAUGUUUUUGCUACAUCGUUUUCCUUUCUUUCUUGAAAAAACUGAGAGUGAAAAGGUUGACUUGCUGAUUGGUCCAGAUUUGAAGAAUCUUGAUUUUAUCUUUCAGAAUUAGGGGAAGAAUAUCUCAAAAAGACAGUUCCGGCAGUAAUCUCGAAAGAGACCGUCAAAUUCGUCCAAAUCGAGAUCAGUACGGACUGUCUGAAACGUUAACCAAAAGCAGAGAAGAAAACAUGCUGAUGAGUUAUCUUGCAGUGUUUCUGAUACUGCUCCUUCCAAGCUCAAGUUCAGCUUCUACCUUGUUUGAAAACAAAUUCAAGGAGUGCUUCAUAAAUCAACUUGAUGGGAUUUCUGAAUCCAUUGAAAAAAUCAUCUUCACCACAUCCUCCUCACUGUAUACUCCAGUGUUGGAAUCAUUGGAGCAGAAUCCUAGAUGGUUGAAUUCUUCAAGGAACCCUCUUCUCAUUCUGACACCUUUCCAUGAAUCAGAAAUUCAAGCAGGCAUCAGAUGCAGCAAAGAACUUGGGUUGCAGCUCAAAGUCAGAAGUGGUGGCCAUGAUUAUGAAGGGCUAUCAUACCUCAGUAAGACCCCAUUUGUCAUGGUUGACCUCAUCAACAUCCGUUCCAUUCAAGUUAACCUUGCUGAUGAAACAGCUUGGGUUCAGGCUGGAGCAUCAUUGGGUGAGCUUUACUACAAAAUUUCAAAGGAAAGUAAAGUUCAUGGAUUCCCUGCAGGAACCUGUCCAAGUAUAGGGAUAGGUGGGCAUAUCAGUGGAGGGGGACAAGGUACCAUGAUGAGAAAACAUGGCCUGGCAGCAGACCAUGUUGUUGAUGCUUACCUCAUUGAUGCAAAUGGGAAGAUUCAUGAUAGAAAAUCCAUGGGAGAAGAUGUUUUCUGGGCCAUAAGAGGAGGUUGUGCUACCAGUUAUGGAGUCAUCCUUGCAUGGAAGAUCAGGUUGGUGAGAGUUCCAGCUCUUGUUACAGUGUUCAAUGUUGAAAGAACAUUGGAAGAAGGAGCCAACAAUCUGAUUCACAGGUGGCAACACAUAGCACCUGAACUGCAUGAGGAUCUUUUCAUCAGAGUAGUUGCUCAAAACAGUGGUGACAAAUCAAAGACAUUUAAAGCAGUCUUCAACUCUGUGUUCCUUGGAGGAAUAGACAGGUUGAUGCCACUGAUGAAUGAGAGUUUCUCCGAACUGGGAUUGCAGGCCAAAGACUGCAUUGAAAUGAACUGGAUUCAAUCAGUUAUGUUCAUUGCUGGAUACAACAAAGAUGACCCUCUAGAACUCUUGCUCGACAGAACUACUACAUUCAAAAGCUCUUUCAAGGCCAAGUCUGACUAUGUAAAGGAACCAAUACCAGAAUCUGGUCUAGAAGGAGCUUGGAAAAUGGUUGCUGAGGAAGAUACAUUAGCAAUGCUGAUAUUGGAACCUUAUGCCCAUGUGUACUCAAAGUGA